AUGAACAAUGUUGUAAUCCAAGAUCAAAUACACAAAGCUCUUGGUAUUUCAACAACACCGAGCGCAGAUUUCAUGAAUGAUGAAAACUAUGUAGAUGAUGAGAUUUGCGUUCUUGAUAUAAAAAAUCUUCGUCCACAAAAUGGAAAUCUACAUGUCAGUGAAGCAUUCGAUGAGUCAUUACAAGAAAUUAAGCCAGAUAACUUUUCAAGAAUGGCAAAGAACUUUUAUUCAGCAAAUAAAGAUUUUUUGGUGAAAUUACUUACAGAGUUAUUUUGGUUAAUUCAAGUUACUUUGUAUCCAGGUGACCCUGCACAGUUAGAAAAAUAUCAAAAGAGCGUUGGAAAACUAUGGACAAAUUUCAUUUUCCCACUUGAAACACACAACAAAGACAGAGACUUUUUUUUCGAUAGCUUUCCAUAUUUUGCAACCCAAACAAUACAAAGAUUAUACAUUAAUUUAAGCCAUGCAAACCCAGAAACAACAAAUGGAACAUUUCGCCUAAAACUAUGCUCAACCAUUGUUAGACUAUUUACAUCGAUGACUCCUCUAGAAUCACAGCUUGGUAAUAAUCUUACAAGAUACUUUUCAAAACCUCCGGAAGCUUAUAUCGAAGAUACUGAUUCAAACAGAGAACCAGAGAUCCUAGACACAAAGGAAUCAACAGAUGCUGAUGAUAUUAUUACAGAUGUUAAGCUUCCUGUUGAAGAUUUAAAGACAUUAACAAAAAUGCAGCGAAGAAAACGUCCAAUCAGCAAGCAAAUCAACAUGGCUGGAGUCAGUUCCCUUAUAUCAGCAGCUACCAAUCAUAGAUCAGUGCCUUUUGAGCAUGAUGCGCAAAUUGUUAUUCAAUAUCCCAAAAAUGAGCUUGAUUGGACAAUUAAUCUUCCUCCAUUACUUCCUCCACCACGUCCUCCGCUUCCUACAGGCGUUAACGACCGUGCUCGUCGAACUAGAGAAUAUAAUCCGAUGGCAGAACCCAGAUCUUAUCUCCAUCGUAGCUUAAGACCAAAUAUAUGUGAUUCCAUCACCGAAAUGAAGAAUUCCUUUGAAACGGAAUCAAAUUUCCGUCUCGAGCACCAACAAAAACUCGAAUUAGACUUAAAAGAAAUGAAAAACAGGUUAAUGUCCGCUGACAAGGCCACAAAAGACAAAUUCAUCAGUGAUUUAAGAGCUCUUCAAAUGGCCAGGAAGAGAAACGAAACUCCUGAGAUUCCUGAAGAAAAAGUCAAAGUAAAUGUCAACCAAAACCAGCAACAACCUGUUUCUGUUGUUACAUCAGCGAGGAAUGAGAAAGAACAGAUGAAUGACGAUGUUGAUAAAGCGGAAAAAGAAGAAGCAAAGAACGGAGCAAAAGCAGCUUUGGAUUCUUUAAGAGCUGCUCACGAUGAAGCACUUCCGAUGUUCGAUUUGAUGAUGAGGCCUGCUUUUAAACAUCAUCCGGCUGAAUCUCAUGUCGGAGGUGGUUUCAUCGAAGGAGUUAUCCGACCAAUUAUGGAAGAAAGAAGAGAAAAAAGAGAUCAAGAUGAAAAAAUCAAAGCUGCUCAUGCCGCUGCAAGACAGUUAGAUCCGGAAUUGAACUCAACAUUGGAUCAGAAAAGAACAUCGAAGAUGGGUCUCAAAAAGGUUAGUCAAUGA